GGCAAAACAGAUAAAAAAAAAUAAUUUCUGGAAACUCUGCCGAUUCUUCUUCGAUCCCUACUAUCCUCCGCGAUUUCUUCUUCGAUCCAUUUCUUCUGUGUAGAUUCGAUCCCAUCUCUCCUCCGCCGAUUCUUCUUCGAUCCAUUUCACCUCUCCAUUUGAUUUUCUGGUCUCUGUCUUUCUCUGAUUUGAUUUUGAUUUGAAGAACGGUUUCUGUUGGAAACGAGUGGGUACUCUUGAUAACAAGUUCAGUGCUUAUUGGAUGAGGUUGUAAAUUAUCAGGUCAUGUCUGCAAAGGAUCUAGUAGGUUCUGUUUUCACUCAAGGAGGUUGGUCAAACUUUCUGUUCUCAGAGAAGAAGCUUGAGCAACGUGUUGAUGUUGCACUUGUGUUCAUAGGCAGAGAGUUACUGUCUUCUGAUGUUUCUUCUAAAAGGAACUCGGAUUCUGCCCUUGUUAACACAUUGAGUAAUCUGUUUACAGCUUCCAACUUCUCAUUGGCAUUCCCAUAUAUUGCUGCGUCAGAGGAAGAAAGGAUGGAGAAUUUGUUGCUAUCAGGACUUAAAGAAGCUUGCCCCAACAAUGUUGGAGUCAGCAAUAUCGUGUUCUCAGAUUCGUGCUUUGUUGAGCAUGGAACAAUUCAGAAACUUUCAGACUUGCAGUCUUUCAAAGUAAUGCUCAAUUCUCUUAUGUUUUUGUUUUACCUAAUCCCAUGCCUUCUCAGUGGUAUCACCCCUUAACUUCAUUCCCUAAUUACUCGUUAAUAAUUAACUGGAUCAUUUGCUUGCUAGAAGAGAAACAAGGAAAGAAGGAGAAACACUAAAUUAUUUUUAUCAUCAUGUAUUUUUAAGUUUUUUUGAAUUUUAUGUUUUUAUUUGCUUAA